AUGGUUUCGACCCGACUGACGGCGAUGGCCCUGGUGGUCGUCUGGUGCUGUUCGAUGACCGCCUCGGGACAACACUGGAAGUAUUCCAAGCCGUACACGUGGAUGAGCUCGCCCAAGUCGUACUCGCCUUCAUACCCGGCCGUCUACGGCAAACCACUACCACGACCUCACAAACCGCCUGGUCACGACAAACACCGUGAACGGUGUGAACUGCGAAAAGCGGUGUUCACCCAGGACGCCGAGUCGCCGCAGUACAUCGUCUACAAGACCAAAAUCCCGGAUUUGAAAGAAUUCACGCUGUGCCACUGGCACAACAUCUUCAACUACACUCACGACCAGCCCAUAUUCUCGUACACGAAUCCCGGUAAACCCCGUGUCAUAUAUUCGUGGAUCGAGAACAAACCAGACAAAACGUACUACUCGUUGGCCAUCAACGGACACACCAUUUACAGGAUUAAUUACCCGGAGAAGUUGUUCAAAUGGUACCACGUGUGCCAGUCGUGGAACGGUCACACGGGCGAGUGGCAGCUGUGGAUCAAUUCCGAGAGAGUGGGCAGAGGAUUCUACAACUUGAUGGCCGGCAAGAAGAUCAAGGGUGGCGGCGUGGCCAUCAGCGGACGGGAGUACCUGGAACAAGCGUUGGCCGUCCACUACCCGGCGUUCUCCGGAGAACUGACACUGGUGUCGCUGUACAAGGCGGCGCUGACCGCGGGCAAGGCGUACAACGACCACAAGCACCACCACGUGCACAACUUCCAUCACGGUUACGACGAGUCGGUGGACGAGGCCGACACCGAGGCGCCGCCGACGCUGCCGCCCGGCCCGGAGGCCACGCGGCCGCCGCAUUUGGCGCACGGCGGUGGGUUCUCCAACGGUCAGCGCGUGCCCGGAGUGGCGGUGCCGAACGCCGCGGGCGCGGCGCCGCAGGAACCGCCGACGAUGCCGCUGCACCUCCCGCAACUGCCGCCGUCCCCGCAACUGCCGCUGUUCGACGGCGGCCUGUACGACUUCUACGACGCGCCGCACGCCGACGAGACGUUCCGCGUCAACCUGUUGGACAAGCGCGCGGACGACAACCGCCGCAGCGGCGGCAGCAGCAGCAGCAGCGUGGUCCGCUUCAAGCGCAGUUGGAUUCCGCUGUUCCGGCAGCCCGUGCAGUCCGACGUCACUCCCGCCGCCGCCGCCGCCACCGACGACACUUCCUCCCGGAACGCCCGGUCCAACGGCGGUGACCCGCAAGACCGGAAGCGCGAACCGGCCGAGUGGGAGGUGGUCAAAGUGGCCGGCGUGUGCGCGGCCUGCGUGCCCGACCCGUUCGGCGCCGCUUCCGUCCUGUCCUGGCACGAGACCCGCAAACAGUUCUACAACGGCGCCCUGUACCUGCCCGCCCUGCCCAAGUGCUAUCUGUUCUGA